AUGCCCCCUUCGGACACAGGGCAUUCCGGUUUGGGACGACCGCCCGGCCGAGCGGGGUUAAGAGUAGCUUUGCAAGCUUUGGAGUCGGAGGCUGAUGAUGUUGAGCCGGCUCAGCCUUUGACAGAUGAGGAUCAGAAAGAAGCUGCGGUGCAGAGAGCAGCGAGGGCAAGGGCAGCCCGAUCUGGAUACACGGAAACAGCACCUGCUGAGGAGUCUGAGGCCUACAGUGGCUUCAGUUUUGGAAGUCUUGGGUUGCUGACACUCGGGACAGACUUGCAGCAGCAAAUCGCGCAAGCUGCAUGGAAGCUAAGAGGUGCCAAAACAGAAACCGUCACAAAGUUCAAAAAACUGUUCAGUGAGCUGCUGCUGGGUUGUCGGCCAACGGGCAGCCUGACCGCACAGGCUGCAAUGCUUCAGCAGGGAAGACAACCCUUGCUGAGAGCGAUGCAGCAGGCAGCAUGUUAUUUGGUAGUUUUCUCUGCCUGGAUGAUCGGGGCUCUGCUGGCUGCUUUGUCCCAACGGUGUGCUGCCGCUACUGGCCAUAAGGUGGUCAUGCUCUGUGUCCGACGGGCUUACGAUGAAACUCCUUCGGAUAUCAGUGUCACGUGGAUGACGCAUUCUGAACUAGGUGCUUUCAACAAGAAGCGCAGCAAGCAGGAGGGAAAUGCCAAAGUCCUCCAGAGCAGCUGCGAGGUUUUAAUUCUCAUGGAGCAAGUCUCGAGUUCGACUUACUACAGCAUGAGGAUUCCCAUGCCUUGCUGGCUCAUGGCAUUGGACAAGACAACGGCUGAGGCCACUGCCAAAGCCCAGAGAGCAAUCAUGGACAUGAUUCCAGGGCUGGAAGCUUUUGGCCAUAAGGCCAAAUUCAACGUGCAGCUUGUGACCACGGAUCGCUAUUCCGCUAACCUGAAAGCGGAAAGAAUCCUCAGCUCUGAUGCGAAGACCGUCCAAAUGCUGGACGGGCAGGUCAGCGGGAUGAUCGCUACAGCUCUCAGUUGCGUGGAUCCGUUUGCAGACGAGUACAGGUCAGCCGUCUUCGAAGCUUUCCUUCCUUUGCAGGAUCCUUCUGCAGAUGGUGAUGGCGACGAGCAUCUUCUUGCCAGGAUGCAAGAGCAUUACUUGCAAAGAAAACGACGCCGAGCCAUCAUCAACUUCUUCCUGCAAGGGGAUUUGCAAGAGCAGGACGAGAUCUUUUUUUACUCUGCUAGAUGGGGGCUCCAAGAGCACCACGUCCUGGCACUGAUGGAGAAGUUUCUCGUGCCGGCAUUGCUGCCGCGGAGGCCGCCGAUCUUCAGCCGGACGCGGUGGGAUGGCUUUAAUGAUGCUCUGCUGUGGUUUGGCCUGGCAGAGGCUUGUCACGGACUGCUGCACUGCACACUCUUAGACUUCCUGCAAGUCAGUGCAAGCUCCGCCGAAUGGGAAGAGAUUGAGAAGACGAAGCAAAGUCAAGGCUGUCGCCGGACUUUUCCGGUGCUUGAGGCCGCACGCCACACGGAUCUCAAUGCCUACAGGCAGCGUGUCAAUGAAGCAUUCCACAACGAGAUAUUGCUGCUGCCACGAUGGUGUCAUUUCCGGCACCACCAAGUGCUGUUGUUUCGCAUGCUCAGCCGCAACUUGUGCAGCACGGAGUUUCUUAUCGGCACCACCCAUGAGUCAUACCCCAUCAAGCUCUUCAGGAGUUUGGACGGGGUACAUGAGGCGACAAAAGAUCCACUGUGCAUGCACUGCCCGCUCACCAAGCUGUUGCUCUCGGAGUAUAGUGAUCUGGGCAGCUCUGAGCCACAAGCUUUGCUGACAGCCCUCGCAUCAAUGUUUCAGCUACACAUUGCAUCGAUAGAAGCUCGCCACGCAUCCACACGCCGAAUCACAACGGUGAAAUCUGUACAAACACACCGGCCGACACUGGUCGGUGUGGGGGCGGACUGGGUGUGCCGACAUUUGGCAGAUAAGCUUUCCAUUUUGGGGGGAAGCAACAGUGCUCAGCGAGCCCAGUUCUGUCGUGCCGUGGCUUCGUCACCUGCAUCUGGAGCAGACACCGAGCCGCCUGCUCAGAAGCAGCCUGAGCGAAAGAAUCCUUGGAAUGCAUUCCUGAGCGAGAAGUGCCGCGCCAGAAUCUCUGACCUCGGUGCUUCGUAUGCUUCUCUCCGUGAGGAGUACCACAACUUGACACCUGCAGAGUAUCAGAGAUACGAAGACAUGGCAGAGGUGGCUUUUUGUGCAAGAGCCCGUGGUCUGCCGAGUUAUGCUCAUGCUUCUCUUCCUGCGGCAGCAGCAGCAUCUUCAAGUUCUGGCAACGACGUGGCCGUGGAAGCUCUUGUGGCUGUGCCGGCUGCUGGCCACCAGGAGUUGGCAGUUCCUGACAAGGCUUACAAGUUGGUGUCUGCAGAGUUGGAAGACACACUGGACAUGGUUCAGAAGGACUUUCGCCGCCGGUCUGCAUCGGUGAAGGGCCUGCUUUCAGUUGGCGAGAAGAGCACUUUGCGGGGCAUGCUUUUCGACAAAUGGGAGAGGGCCCGCAGGAUUCGGGAUGCUUCUGGCAACAUGGUGGCCCAGGAGCUGUCGCAAGCCCAGCAGCAUCAGCAGACAAAGCUGAAGUCCAACCGAAAGCUUCUGGAUGAUGGUUUCGUUGUUGUCUGCUUGCGGCCAUCCAGCCGAGCUGUCCCCACAGAAGAGGUUCUGCCUCAGAAGUACAUGCACUCCUCCUGGAAAGCUUUGGCCAUGGCUGCCAUGAAUGUCAGAGUGGAGGGCGGGGCAGAUUCUCCAUCUGCCUUGUGGCUCCAUGUCGGUCAUAUCAAUUACACGACGUGGGCUCUCGGUGUUUUGCGUCUGGACGAAGCUGGUGCUGAUGAGGAUCGGCCCGAGUACUUGAAGCUUCAGGUGCCCACCCCUCAAGAAUAUUGCCAUUCUGUCCGAAUGUUUGAACAGAGCAAGUUAAACUUCGAUGGCCCGUGGCAGUUCUCUGUCAGCACGAUCCUGAGCAACAAUGAUGUGCUGGAAAGGACCAGCAUGCGACCCGACACGGUGCUUGUGAGACAGUAUGCCGAAGUGCCCAGCAUGGAAUUUUGGCAGGGCUGGCCUGCAGAGGAGGCACGACAUGAGCAAAACAUGAAGAAGCGAUCUGGAACUUCAACGCGCAAGCGGAAGAAGACUCCUCCUUCAGACACAGGCACUGCCAAGAAAAAACAAAAGUCUGCGGCCGGCUCAGCAAGAGACACUGUGGAGCAGCCUUUGCCUGGAGGCGGACCGGAGGAAGAUCUGGAGCAAGAUGCAGUGGACCCAGCAGCACAGCUAGAUCUCCUGCACGAUGAGGAGGUCCGCAGCGAGGCCUCCAGCACUCCAUGGUCUGAGUACGUGGCCGAUGCAUUGGAGGGGGAGGAUCCCGGAGAUGAUGGAGGCUUGGGAGCGGAAGCCUCCGCUGCUGCAGAGCCGGAGAUUCAUGCAGAUUCUGUCGAUCAUGUCGAUGCUGCGGAAGCAGCCCACCCACGUGCCGAACCUCGCCCGACAACUGUUGUCGGCUUCAAGAGUUUAGGACGGUGCAGCUCGGCAACAGAGCACAAGCAGUUGGCAGCGACGGCCAUUGCCAGUAUGGAACGUGCCCGGAACGACGGUGCAGAAGUAAGUCCGGUCAGUGUGCUCGGUUCAUUUCCCGGUGCUGUUGUGCCAGGGCAUGUGAUUUACAUCGUCUUCCUGCGCAAGGACGUGUAUGGUGUCGCGGAUGCUGGUUUCCUUGCCAAGACUUACAAGGACCUCAUCGCCAAGCAGCGGCAGGUGGCUCCGAAGAAGCUCGGGGAUGUCUUGCCAGAGAGGGCGCUCGAGGACAUCCCGCCAGGAGGGGUGCAGCGGAGCAUUUUCGAG